UUCGAUUUUCUUUCGCGAGUAUGCAACUCUGCGCAUUUAAAGCGGUGUGCACACACUGCUCAUUAGCACAAAAUGGCGUCAGCAGUCGAACACGAACACUAAGGAAUUUUUCAGUGGUGUCUGUGUCUGUGAAUUAAUAUUGGGGGUAAAAAAAAACUGUGUGCGUUAUUUUGUUUAUAAAUUUAAUUGCAUAUACGGCACUUUAAUACACAACGCGUACACGUAUACAUAUACACACACACACUAGUUUCAAAGUGCGCUUAUCAAUGAAUCGAAUUUGAGGCAACAGCAGCAGGCAGAGAAGCACGCCAACGCCAGCGAAGUGAAUUUUUCGAGGGAACGAAAAAAAUGGCGCCCGCCUCAGCCACAGCGACAGAAGCAAGUUGACUUUCUUUUCGGUGUGUGUAGUUGUUCGUCGCCGCCGCACUCGUCGCUCGUUUUCGAUCCAACACAAAUAUAAAAAAAAAGAAAAGAAAAAGUGAAAAAGAAAGAAAAUUGCAAAUUGCAUACAGGCGCGACGUCGUCGUACAGCAGGAGGCUAGUAUUUUAGCAAUCCGCCGUCCUUCGGCUACGCUUGGGGCUUUGCAGACAACGGCAACCGUGCCGCCGAAUCAGUUUUGGAAAUAUCGCCAAAUAUUAACUACACCGUCAGUGGGGAAUCGAUGCCCUAUUUGUUAUCCACGGAUGGAUCAUUGGCCGUACAAAAGGACGUUAAAGGUGCACUCGCCAGCAAUAAGGGCAAUGUUGUGCGUCGCAUGUUCGUUGUGAAUGAUUCCUCAUUUGCGCCCGGAACACAAAGAGUAAUUACCACAGGGCCCGCCUCGACGGUAGUCAAAAAACAGGACUCCGCUCAACAGGUGUUGAGCAUAAAUUCGCUCGAUAAGAACUAUCUGUUGGUCGAUGCAGCGGCUGCAGCAGCGGCAGCAGCUGGCGAUCCAUCUGCAAGCGCUCAUCAUCAUCAUCAUCAUACGCUGGCAAAUGGCAGCAUUGUUGAUGCCAAAACUGGACAAACGGUAUUGACCACAACAAGCGCUGCGGCCAAAUCGCAUUUUAGCUCAAUUGGUGCACUGCAUCUCACGCAAGAGGAAUGCAAUGAAAUAUUAAUAAAACGCGCCAUUGCUGCUGGCCACGGCCAUCAGACGCACACAAUCACAACUAACGCGGCUGGCGACGGAGUGCACCAUCAUCAUCAUACGGCGCCGGGAGCGACACCAAGCGGUGCAACAACUUUCUUAGGUGACAUACUUCCUGGUAUUUCAGUUCAAGUCCAGAAAGUAAUACAAGGACUCGAAGAGAACGAGGACUCGCAGGGCGACGCACCCAACUUAAAGUUGGAACCAGGCACAUUAGAAUUGUCCCCAAAGACCGAACUACAGGAAUCAAUGCAUUUCAGCGAAACCGACGCCACCAUCAAAAAGGAGCGCCCGUACAGCUGUGACGAGUGCGGUAAAUCCUUUCUGCUUAAGCACCAUUUGACAACCCACGCACGCGUGCACACAGGUGGUGAACGUCCCCAUAUUUGCACCCAUUGUGGCAAGAGUUUCGCGCACAAGCAUUGUCUAAAUACACAUUUGUUGUUGCAUUCCACGGAUCGGCCAUAUCAGUGCCAAGAGUGCAAGAAGAGUUUUACACUUAAGCAUCAUUUAUUGACGCAUACACGUGUCCAUAGUCGCGAGCGACCAUUUGUUUGCCAGGAGUGCGGCCGUGCAUUUCCACUCAAGCGUCAUCUGGUGACGCACAGUAAAUUUCACGCCGGCGAACGUCCCUACGUCUGCGAGGAAUGCGGUGAAAGUUUCGCACAGGAGAAUCACCUGAUUAUGCACUCGCGCUUUCAUGGUUCAUUGAAUCCAUUUGUUUGUGCUGACUGCGGUGCCUCAUUUCCACGCAAAUUUCAAUUAGUAAACCACGGACGUAUACACGGCAAAAUCCCACACUCCUGCACCAUUUGCGGCAAAGAGUUUCUACAAAAGCGCACACUAGUUUCCCACAUGAGACGUGUACACACCGGCGAGCAGGCGCAUCCCUGCGUAAGCUGCGGCGAGGGUUUCCUCACCAAGGCCGAACUGCAUCAACAUGUGCGUGCUGCGCACAAUGGGGUUAAUCCCAAUACCAGCAGCGCCACCAUAAUUGCCAAUCAACAGCAGCUACAGCAGCCGCAUCAUCAUCCCGGACAUCCGCAGACCAUAACAGUUGUCAGCAAUCCAGCUAAUUCUACGCUACUCACUGUCUCCACAACGGAUGCCAAUGGCGUGGCGCGUCCACAGUUUGUGUGCCGUGAGUGCGGCAGCGCCUUUAACAGCCGCGAGGCCUUGGCCCUGCAUUUGCGACUACACACGGGCGACAAGAGCCUGAUGACAGAUCUGUGCGCCUUGACAGCAGCGUUGCCUGGCCACUUUCUAAGCACCAGCCUAAAUCCGGGCACUGUUGUCACAGCCAAUCCCAAUUUGGUUGGACAGAGUCCGGUGCCCGUGCAAAUCAUAUCGUCCACCGGUCAGGUGAUGUCACAGACCACGCUGGUGCAGGCCGCCAACUCGACUCAUCCGCAAGCGGUCGUCACUGCCGUGCCCACAAUGCCGGUGCAUGGCCAGCACUUGCAGCAUGUGACCACGCAGCAUCAGCAGCAGCAGCAGCAACAACAUGUGGUAACCGUUUCGGCCAAUAAGCCUAAAUCGCAUUUCUGCGCCAGCUGUGGCAAAGGCUUUGCCGCCAAGCAUGGCCUCAUGCAGCACAACCGUCGACAUCCGAGCGGCGGAUGCACGGUGCGCACUCAUGUCUGCGAGUGUGGCAAGGCCUUCUUCCAAAAGAAUCAUCUGAUGCUGCAUCAGCGACAGCAUUUGGAAACAAAGCCAACCAUAUCGCAGCAACAGGAGGCUGAUGUGCAACAGCAGCAGCAGCAGCAACAACAACAAGCAGCAGCUGCAGCAGCAGCGGCGGCUGGCCAACAGUCCACACAGGUGGAGGUGCAAAUAUUGCCCGGUGGUCAUGGCAAGGUCAUCAAGUAUGAAAUUUGUCGCAACGUCCUGGAUGAGCAAUCGGCACAACAGCAGCAACAGCAACAACAACAGCAGCAGCAGCAACAACAAUCAGGCAUGCAUGCUGAAUAGAAACGCAGCACAGUUCAGGAAUAUAUAUAUAUAUAGUAGAAGGUAGGCGCUGUCUCUGGUUCUACUUUUAAUAUUAUUACAAAUUGUUUCUAAAGUUCGACUUUUAAGCAUUUUAUUUGUAAGAAAGUUUGUUUUGU